CUCUGUCAAACGGCAGAACCUGCAUUUAUGCUGGUUGGCAGCGUCCAAAAAUCAUAAUAACAUUCCUCAUUUGGUGCCGGAAUAAACAAGAAUCCGGGAGCGGUUCUUAUUAAAAUUGAUUCGCUGAUUGUUUGUGUCGUUUGUGUAUUGUCCAGCAACGAUGGCAGGGACGCUGGAGGACCGUGAAAUUUGGGACGAAUCGGAGGCUCCACUCGGUGAAGAAGUGCUACGAAUGCCUACGGACGAGCUCGUCUCGCGGACCCGGCUGAUGGACAACGAGAUAAAAAUCAUGAAGAGCGAGGUCGUACGCAUCAACCACGAGCUGCAGACGCAGAACGAGAAAAUUAAGGACAACACGGAGAAGAUCAAGGUCAACAAAACGCUGCCCUACCUGGUGUCGAACGUGAUCGAGUUGCUGGAUGUGGACCCGCAGGAGGAAGAAGAGGAUGGGGCCGUACUGGUACUCGAUGCGCAGCACAAGGGUAAAUGCGCCGUCAUCAAAACCUCCACCCGGCAGACGUACUUUCUACCCGUGAUCGGGCUGGUCGAUUCGGACACGCUCAAGCCGGGAGACCUCGUCGGGGUGAACAAGGACUCGUACCUGAUCCUCGAGACACUGCCGGCAGAGUACGAUGCACGCGUCAAAGCGAUGGAGGUGGACGAACGACCAACGGAGCAGUACUCGGACAUUGGCGGGCUGGACAAACAAAUCCAGGAGCUGAUCGAAGCAGUCGUCCUACCGAUGACGCACAAGGAAAAAUUCAAAAAUCUUGGUAUUCAUCCUCCCAAAGGCGUGCUAUUGUAUGGGCCACCCGGAACGGGGAAAACGCUGCUAGCUCGCGCCUGUGCGGCACAAACGAAAUCCACGUUCCUGAAGCUUGCCGGUCCGCAGCUGGUGCAGAUGUUCAUCGGCGACGGUGCAAAGCUAGUGCGGGAUGCGUUCGCGCUCGCCAAGGAAAAGUCUCCCGCCAUCAUAUUCAUCGACGAGCUCGAUGCCAUCGGCACGAAGCGGUUCGAUUCGGAAAAGGCGGGCGAUCGUGAGGUGCAGCGGACGAUGCUGGAGCUGCUGAAUCAGCUUGAUGGCUUCAGCUCGACCGCCGACAUCAAGGUGAUUGCUGCGACGAACCGCGUGGACAUUCUCGACCCGGCGUUGCUGCGCUCAGGCCGCCUGGAUAGGAAGAUUGAGUUUCCCCACCCGAACGAGGAGGCUCGGGCACGAAUUAUGCAAAUCCAUUCCCGCAAAAUGAACGUCAGCCCGGACGUAAACUUCGAGGAGCUUGCACGAUCCACGGACGAUUUUAAUGGCGCACAGUGCAAGGCAGUGUGCGUGGAGGCGGGCAUGAUUGCUCUGCGCCGUUCCGCCGUUGCCGUCACCCAUGAAGACUUUAUGGACGCAAUCAUGGAGGUGCAGUCGAAAAAGAAAGCCAACUUGAACUAUUUCGCAUAAACGGUGCGCUCUUCUCAUCUCAAUACACGGUGUUCGAUUAUUGUACAACAAACGGGUUGAACUACUAGCUACGAAA